AUUGUCAUGUAGCGGUCAUCUGAGAUUGUACAUAUGCCUAUGAUGUCCACGAAGGCAAAGCACUUUUUGUUUGUAACAUUUAGCAAAAAACGUACCACAGAUAGUACUUACCAAAAAAAUCAGGUAGGCACUUCUCUACUACAUAUACAACCAUCCUUUUAAGCCAAUAAAAGGUCGUGUUUACUUUCGUCACAGAUGCUAAAAAGCUGAUCCGGAGAGAAAAUUGGACAGCACCCAUUUUAUAUCCAGACAAUAACAUUAAACAUUGGUAGGCAGACGGUAUGUCUGCACUGUAAAUGCAAAGAAUUGUGCUGUUUUCAGAAGUAAACAUUCUAAUAAUUUGCUGGUUGAUAUCCGUUUGUGUAUGUACAGUAGAAGGAUCUCAAGGGAUUCUGAUGAUGGGCUUUGCAAAUUAUUGCUUCGUGGAGACUGACCAGAUUCCUCACUAUCUUCACAUGUCGAAUUGUAUGCUCAUUUUUGAAUUUGACGUCUUUGCCGUGGAACACUGUCAAUCUCUCAAACAUGCGGCUGUCGGGGUUGGCUUCAGCCCUCAUUCUUACCAUCUUCGUGAAAAUGCCAAAUGCGUUCUCUACCGUUGUCGACAAUGAUAAGCCUCAGCUUACAUCACCGAGCACCGAGAACAUUGAGGCCUCAGCAAGCGUGCGAGCUGUCGAAG